UUGGUUACCGUAAUAAUUAAUACUCCGUCCGAAUCAGUAGGCUCGAAACACGAAUUUGAGGCUCGGGUGGAAGCCUCCCCCGCUUUUAUCGCCUCAUAUUUCAUCAUCAUCUACGCAACGAUCUCGCUUUCGCCUCUCCAAUUCCAAGGCACGCAAUCACUCCGCCCACCUCAGAGAGAGAGAGAGAGAGAGAGAGAGAGAGAGGACAAGAAUUCAGAUUGCCUAAUCGAGCUGGUGUCAAAUCGGAGGUUGGCAACGGAGAUCCGAUGGCCGAUCACGCUGGCGGGGAGGAAUCGGCGAUGGAUAAGAUUACCGAGAAAUUCAACAGCCACGAUUCGUCCUCCGAUUCCGACAGCGAGAAAAAAUAUAAGUCACAUUCCUCCAAAGCUAAGAUCCACCGCCUCUUCGGCCGCGAGAAGCCUGUGCACGUCGUUCUAGGCGGCGGUAAACCUGCUGAUAUUUUCCUUUGGAGAGACAAGAAAAUUUCAGGCGCUGUGAUGGGUGUUGCCACUACAAUAUGGGUACUUUUUGAAGUGCUAGAGUACCACUUGCUCACCCUUGCAUGCCAUAUUCUAAUACUUGUUCUGGCGACCCUGUUUCUAUGGGCAAAUGCUUCCACAUUCAUCAACAAGUCUCCCCCUCAAAUCCCAGAUGUUGAGAUUCCUAAUGAUAUUAUUCUGGGGGUGGAUUCUGCUGUGAGAGUUGAAAUUAACCGUGGGCUCGUGGUCUUCAGGGAUAUUGCAUCUGGAAGAGAUUUGAAGAAAUUUCUGGGUGUGAUUGCUGGCUUAUGGAUUGUUUCAGUUGUGGGAAGUUGGUGCAAUUUCCUGACCCUGUUUUACAUACUUUUCGUCUUGCUACACACCGUACCUGUUUUUUACGAGAAAUACGAGGACAGUGUCGAUCCAAUUGCGGAGAAAGCAUUGAUGGAGAUUAAGAAACAGUAUGCUGUGUUUGAUGCCAAGGUUCUGAGUAAAAUUCCUAGAGGACUGCUCAAGGACAAGAAAUUGGCUUAGGGACACUCAGCUCGAUCCGAUUGGUACGUACAUCUGUCCUAACAUGUGCCAGGUUUGCGUUUGAUCUAUUUUUUUUUUUUUUUUUUUGGUUGGGUUGGAGGGGGGUUAUAUAAAUUAGAGCCCAUCUUUCUGCCUUUUUUUUUUUUUUUAAACUUUUCCGUGGGUGGUUCGCAAGUUAAAAUUAUAUGGUAUGUAAUUUGUGAGUUGUGAGAUGAGAUUGAGUUUUAGGUUUUUCAUUUUCACCUUUUUUAUUAUUUCUAAAAUGUUGUCUACUAGAAACCCACGAAUUGUGUUACCCCCAUUUUGGGUUCACAAACCGAACUCUAUUGUAUUCAUGAAAUAGGGAUGAAUUUUAUGUUUUGAU